AUGCUUGCAAUUAGAUCUGUUGAAGGAGCUCCCCCAAUUCAUAACGGAAACAAUAUGGAAGAAGAUGAUCCAUUCGUACGCUUCUGCCGUGAUUCAGAGGCUGUCGAAUUUUCUGCUUCAUCAUCCCCACCCUCUACAACAUCCCCAUUAGAAAAUGCAAAAGCUAUGGCAGCAUGGCAAGUAAAUGAUUAUUUAAAUACUCCAAAAUAUGAUGGGGAUUCUUAUUCAUUUUGGGAUAAUCCAUAUUACGCAUCUAAAUAUAUGUUUCUUUUACCCCUUGUCAAAAAAUACCAUUCUGCCCCAAAUACCACAAUAUUUUUUGGUGAAAACAAGCAACAACAACAACGAAAUUCUUGUACAAAACUUUUAUCACCAGAUGUGAGAAGAAGUAUAAAUAAUGAAACUUUAAAAGAAAUGUUAUUUAUUCAUCAAAAUAUUUUAUUAAUGGGUUUUGACUUUUAAAUUUCUAAUUUUUUUCUGUAUAAAAUUUACAUUUUUAAAUUUAAUAAUUUUUAUUUUCGGGUUUUUAUUUCCAUUUAUUAUAUUUAAAAUGUGCAAUUGUAGAUUAGCUUUUUUAAGGGACAAGUUUAUUGGAAAAUCGUUAGGGGUUUUGGUGUUGUUAGAAAUCUUCGACAGAGGGAUAUUUCUGGGAUAAUUGAA